AUGGUGUCCGGACACAGCUCGGUCCGCGCCCACCUCGCGACAGAGUAUGCCCUCCUCCUCUCGCUGUACCAGCGCUCAAGGGCGCAGCACAGGCAUCAGCUCUUCCUCCGCCGUCUCGAGGCUGUACUCCGUCUCACGCGGCUGGUUAUACGGCAGUAUGCCGCUUGUUCCGCUUGUUCCGAUCCAACAUCUUCCUCCUCUACCCCCGGCGGCGCCUCGGCUUCCGGAGCCACGACGCCGGGGCUCAAGUCCGGUGCUAUGACUCCGCUUGCGCCGCUGACAUCUGGUGAUAAGGAUGGAAUGAUGGAGGACGGAGUGGACGGAGAGGAUGGAGAGGAGGCCGAGGAGCGUCUGCGAGACCUCGUCCAACGCUCUCUCCUCCUCGCAGCGGAUAUUACGGCCCAAAUGCUGGCCUUGCACCACUUCGUCCCGCUCCAAACUAUGCUUAUUGCGUCGUACGGCCGUCUCUUUGCGAUCUGCGUGCAUCUCUGUCCCCUUCUUGGAUUACAGUUGAGUGAGGUAUUGAGUGGCGCGAGGAGCGAGGAUCUGGUGUUGCUGGCCAAGGCGGGGCCUAGGGGCGGGAACCUCGAUGCGCCGAGGGAGAUCAGAGAGUUCGAUCUGGGCGGAAGGAUGGGAGGAGGAGGGGAUCUGGGUGAGGUGAUUAGCAGGGAGGAGAUGAUGGCCAUUGUGGACACGGGGAUGGACACGGGCGAGGCGCCGGGUAGUCCGGGUAGUCCGGGAAGUCCCUCCCCCACGCCGAGGCCGACAUUGGCCAAGCCAGCAGUAGCAGGGGCGAAGAAGCGAUCAGAGCCUGAACCCGAGCUGGAGUCUGGGCCCGAGCCGAGGACCGAGCCGAGUCCCAAACCCGUCAAGCCCAAGAAGAAGAAGAGCGACAUGGACGAUAUCUUCGCCUCGUCCUCCUCUGCUUCGACGUCUAAGAAGAAGAAGCCCAACGAGCGCGACGACAUCUUCUCUGCGCCGAGCGCGCCGAGCGCGCCGAGCAAGAAGAAGAAGAAACCCGCUGUCGACUCUCCCACUCCUUCGUCCGCUUCAACAGGGAAGAGCGCCUCGACUGAGAAGAAGAAGAGCAAGACCGACUCAGUCGACGACAUCUUUACCAAAGCGAAGAAGAGCAAAUCGGCCGACGCCCCGUCUCCCCAGCCAACAAAGGAGAAGGCGAGGAAGAAGGACGGAGUGAAGCUCAAGAAGAAGAAAAAGGACGCCAUGGAUGAUAUCUUUGGCUUCUAA